AUGAGUGGAUUGGACUCGACAGCACCUGGACACGCAGGUUUCUAAAAAAAGCAGAGGACCUCAGACCAGAAGAACUUGAGAAUUUAAAGGUCAAGGUGGAACUUGAACAUUCAGACAAAGGGUUACAGACCUAUUGGGAGGGUGUGAUUCAUAAACGGAUGAAGUUGGAAGUGAAACGCACUCACAUUCUUGGAAGCCUUCAUCUUUUAAAUGAUGAUGGAAAAUAUAAUAUUAAAGAUCUCUCGUCAGAAGGAUUCUCAAACUCUUUAUCCAUUAAUGCAUCAUCUACGUCCAAACACACUUUAGAUAGCACAAUACCAGUUUCUUUCAAGAGAACUAAAAAGAUCAGAAAUGAAGAGUCAGAACAGGGAGAGGUGCAGAUAAGCAUUUUUAUUGCUAAAAGUUAUGAAUCAAAAAAGAAAUCUUCAGGAAAAAAAGGUGAUAUAUUACCCGACGGUACCAAAAUUACGAAGCCAUCUCUUCUAAAUUAUGCACAAACGGAUAAAGGUGAUAAAACUGGUGAUGAGAUUCCUUUGAAUGAAACAGAUCAAAAUUAUAAUGAUUAUAGCGACGAAGAUGAAGAAGCUUUGCCUCCAGAAGACUCGCUUGCUUUGCCCUUUCCGGCUCAAAAGUUUGGACUUUGCCUUCGGGAAAAAACGUUGAAAGAUUACAAAUCUAUGUUGCGAGUUCCCGAAAUAACAGGUGAGGAGAGUUCAUUUGUUCUAAAGAUCGAGGAUAUAGUAUAUAAUGGACACAUAAGCCAGGCAUAUAAAUACUGUACAGAAAUCCAUUCAAGUUCAAUUGAAGAUAGUUACUUAUAUAAAAUAAGUAAAAUAUAUGAAGAUUUCAUUUACAAGAGCAAAGACCAAGAAGAUAUUUUAGAUUUUACUACAAAAGGUGCACAUACAGAAGUAGACGUAAUCUUAAAAGCUUAUGCAUACAUUGUCGAAGGGCUCAAUAAGAGCCUCACAAUUUAUCUAAGAUGGAGUGCAGAUCAUAUUAAUAAGCACAAAUGUGACGUUCGUUUUAUGACAAUAUCAGGAGUCGACAUGGGAGAAUGUGAGUUUUCUGUCAAGGCUACAGCAACAAAAAUGAUUUGUGAUCGAUGUCGUUCAGCAAGAAUAAACCAAUCUAUAUUGAAUGGUUUAUUAGAAUACAAUUUUGAUAACAAUCAGGUCAAGGAUAUCUGA